CCUCCCCUAAGCCCUCGGGUUCCCUGCUGGCUGUGGCCUUGCCCCGUCCACCCCCUCCCUGCCCGGCCCCGGAGGGCGGUGGGCGAGGGAGAGGAUUAGCUGCCUGGUUACCCGGCUCCCGCCCCCGCCCUCUGGCCUUGCCGCCCCCACGGUGGCCGGGCCCCUAUAAGGGCAGGGACCAGGUGGGGAAGGGGCCAGCCUCAACAUGGAGCCACACCUGGGGCUCUCGCUCCUGCUCUUGUUCCUGCUGCCGCCCCUGCUCCCAGCCGGGGACCCCGGCGAGCCUGGCAAGCCGGGCCUCAGGGGGGGCCCCUACUGCCGCCUCGUCAAUGCCACCGUGGCCGCCGAGCACGAGGCCUGUCCUGUAUGCAUCACUUUCACCACCACCAUCUGUGCCGGUUUUUGUAAGAGCAAGAUGCCCCUGUUGCCGAACCCAAGAUACCCGCCCGUCCAGCAAGUGUGCACGUACGGCCGGCUGCGCUACGGAUCCCUGCGGCUGCCCGGCUGCCCGCCCGGCGUGGACCCCGUGGUCUCCUUCCCCGUGGCCCUGAGCUGCCACUGCGACCAGUGCCAGCUGGCGUCCAGCGACUGCACCUCCCGCAUGCAGCAUCACAGGCUGGACUUCUGCUCGGCCCCCCGCCUGCGCUUCUAGUGCCCCCCUGCCUCCCCCCGGGGGGCCUCUCAAUCCAAU